CGGCUUUGCAUUAUGCGGUAGAGCGUGAUAUCUGAAAACAGUUUCUUUGGGAAAGAGAUUGUUUGUUGGUUUCUUUCUACGAAGUGAAUCUUCCAGGGAUAGAAUGUAGAUGCUGACGGGCGAGUCAUACCGAUGUAUGAAAAAGUGAGGAAUAUCGCUAAAAGAAACUUCUUUUGUUCGUUGCACUAGCGACUGCUGUUGAGAGAGCGUGAAAAGUUCUCUGUGGGAACUGAGUCCUGGAGUAAUUGCUACCCAGUCAAUAUCCACUCUCCAAGUAGUGCACUAGUGGAUGCUGAACACUGUCAUGUAAUGCUGUUACUCGCCACUGCGCGCUGAGAAAGCAGGCCGAGGGGUAGAACUCGUCAGGGUUUCCAUAACUGACACUUUCAUCACGGAGCCGUAUCAUCACUGUCAGAAUGAUGCGAUAGGCGGCGUUAGCGAGCUGUUUCAGGACUGUCUCUCGUUGCUGAUGUGGACACUAUUGGCGUGUACACCACCGUCCUUGAAUUUCUCUUGUACGGAUUAACGUUUCUUUGCAACCAUGUUUCAACAGUCGCUGAAGAAGCCAGAUGGCGAGCGCAAGCCAUCACUAAAGCACAUAAUGUUCUAUUGGAGUUUGGUGUUAAACGUGAUUAUUGGCGUGCUGCUGGCACUGACCUUUUAUGACUUGAUGUAUGGACAACCACCUAACAGCGAUGCUAGCGACUUAGUCACGGAAAAGCGCCCGCUAAUAGGCGGUAUUGUUCGCCAGCGACUGAACAAACAAGGCGACAGUCAACAGACCAGCCAUGAAUCCAUAACGUCUCUGUUGCGUGCAUCCAACGGUCAGCCCUCCGAGGUCCACAGCCAGGGCCCACUACGGGAGAAAUCGGACGAGUGGAAGAAGCUCUUGGCCGGCAAGAUAUCCGAGAAGACGCAGAACUCCGCAUCCGAUUUCUUCUCGCUGCAUCGCACCAAUCCAAGCUCCGACGAGCAAGAACAGCGUACCGCGGGCAGCAGCAGCAACAGCAAACAAUCCUGCAGUGAUCACAAGCAAUCUCAGUGUGAGAUGUGUGCCGGUGUAGGCAGCUCGUGCUGUAAUGGCGUCGAGCGGAAAGAGGUGUACCUGGCCAUCAUGUGCAAGUCGGCGCCGCUGAAUUCAAAGAGGCGCCAAGCCGUGCGAAUGGCCUGGGAUCAAAUGAUUCUCGUGGACCGCUUCUACGCAGAGUACGUUCUGGAACCGCAGGUGUACUUUGCUUUCAUUCUUGGCAAGAUGAAAACAAAGAAUGAAGCACAGGACAAAGUAAUCAACGACGGUGUUGAAGGUGAGGCCAAUAUCUAUGGGGAUAUGAUCGUGGGCGACUUUGCGGACUCCUACACCAACCUGACAACCAAGCUACUGUUUGCGCUGGACUGGCUGAAGUCCAACUUGCGCUUCCGCUACUUGAUGAUGGCGGAUGAUGACACGUUCAUCAACGUGUUUGGUGUCUUGCAAUGGCUCGUGAUCAGCCCCGAGCACAGCUUCUAUGCGGGCAAGUUGGAGAAGGAUGUCCUGGUGGUAAGAGACCCUGAGUCAAAGUGGUAUGUAGACCGCGGGUUCUACGGACCGGAGACGUACCCGCCCUAUCACCAGGGCUUUGGCUAUGUUGUGUCCUGUGAUGCCAUUCAGCACGCUAUGAAGUAUUUGUCAGCCAUUCCGCUAUUCGGCAUUGAUGACACAGUCAUGGGGAUGCUAAUGUAUGUGAUCACUGUCAAGCCGAUCAACAUGCCGCGCUUCUUCCCUGCGCCGUAUCAUUGCCAGAUGGCUGGCUGACCAUCCACUCGUCAUUGGCGACACUGAGCUGGAUGGGUUCGUACGCUACACUCGUGACAUUCUCUACAUUGGCUGUCCAGUGUGUCAGAAGAAGAGUGCUGACUCUGGAGCACCAUCCAGAACAUAGUACCUAGCACUGAAGUCCCCGGCACAAAGCGGGUGACAUGUGCAAUAAUCCACCACUCUCUGAACUGGUCAUGUGCAAGUCACAUACAGUGUAGUCGUAACAGUUCCAGCAGCCGUCGCUGUGUAUAGUUGGUACACUGCCUGGCAGCGGGUGGUUGGGUAAGGUCGCAAAUCAAUGCACGGACUGAUGGGCUGCCAUCUCCGUGUGGCUGGCCCCACGCCAUUACCGGGCCAACUCGGUAGUCGGAUAUCAAAUGUACCGCUACUGUUUCAGUUAUAACGCCAUUUUAAAAUGAUUUCUUUCACUAUGCUAAUGCAGCAUACCCAGGCAAUCUGUUGAGCAGUAUCUGCAGCAGCAUCAUCGGUUCUUGAGUCAAUUGUCAUUGUCAUGAUUUAUCCACUGCUAGCUGGUAUUGUUUGAAAAAAUAAUUUUAGUACCGUAACGUAUUGCAGUAAGAUUCUCCAGAGCCCAGGCCUGCGCCUCCUAUUCUCCAGAGCCCAGGCCAGCGCCUCCUAUUCUACAGAGUACAGUGCAAGUCCUUGGCCACGAAUCUCUACAAAUUCCAAAAACUAUGUGUGAAUGCUUUCAGAAUUCUA